AUGUACGACAACACCUUCCACUUGUGCCCCAACAACAACACCAUCAACUUGUGCACCAACCACAACAACACCGGGGUGUACGCCAACACCGUGCACAACAACACCUUCCACUUGUGCGCCUACUACUACCACUCCAAGGUGUACAACAACUCCAUCAACCUGUGCACCAACAACAACGCCAUCCACUUGUGCCCCACCAACAACAACACCAAGAUGUACGACAACACCUUCCACUUGUGCCCCAACAACAACACCAUCAACUUGUGCACCAACCACAACAACACCGGGGUGUACGCCAACACCGUCUACAUGUGCCCCAACCACAACACCUUCUACUUGUGCAACAACAACAACCACACCGAGGUGCACAACAACACCUUCCACUUGUGCGCCUACUACUACCACUCCAAGGUGUACAACAACUCCAUCAACCUGUGCACCAACAACAACGCCAUCCACUUGUGCCCCACCAACAACAACACCAAGAUGUACGACAACACCUUCCACUUGUGCCCCAACAACAACACCAUCAACUUGUGCACCAACCACAACAACACCGGGGUGUACGCCAACACCGUCUACAUGUGCCCCAACCACAACAUCUUCUACUUGUGCAACAACAACAACCACACCGAGGUGUACGCCAACACCCUCUACAUGUGCCCCAACCACAACACCUUCUACUUGUGCCCCAACAACAACCACUCCUAG